UCAAGCACCAGAGGAGUCCUGUGUUAAAGAGCAACAGACAAGACUUGCAGUUCUUGGCCAUGGAUGACUUCGUCUGUAACAAAUUAACUGAAUGGCAUCUCAGCAAUCUCAUUGAGAUAUUUAUAGAUCAAGAAAUUGACGAGGAAAGUUUUCAUGAUCUUGAUGAUAAAGAAAUUGAUACACUCAUCACAAAGGCGGGACCAAGGAUGAAAUUCAAGAGACAAUUCAAGUGGUUUAAGAAAGAACAAAACACAACAGAUCGGGAAACAGUUGAUUCUUCUGCCCAAGAGCAUGAAGAAGCUGUUUCUGCUCAGGUGUGUCCAUCCACCAGUGGCACCAGUAAUAAAGAAAUACUGACUAAAGUGAAAAGCAUCAUGAGCUUUGUUAAGAAAAGACUACCAGCCCAAGACAACAAACUCAACAACUUCCUAAAGAAUAAAAUCGAUGAUUUGGAGACAGACAAGAGGGAGUUGGUCGGUGUCUUUGGUAAAACUGGGUCUGGAAAGAGCUCUUUGAUAAAUGCCGUCAUUGGAAUGAAGAAUCUCUUGCCCACUGGAGAAGUCAGUGCAUGUACAUCAGUCAUGAUCGAGGUCAAGGCUAACACGCAGAACAAAAGCUAUCAGGCGGACAUUGAGUUCAUUACAAAAGAGGAGUGGGAGGAGGAGUUGUUUCACUUUCUUGGGGAUAAAGCAGGUCAGGAAGAUGACGAUUAUCCUGACUUUGAGAAAAAGCUGUCAGUGCUGUAUGGAAGAAAAGAAAAGGAAAACAAAACCUCUGAAAUGCUCAUGGAGAAAAAAUAUUUCAAAGAAAUUCCAGAAUUUCUCGAAAACAAGAAGAAACUUUUGGCAUGUGAAUCAGCUGAAAAACUAUCUGCAAAACUUGUCAGAUACACAAGAUGUGACUCAGAAGACGAAAAGAGUUUGUUCUGGCCACUUGUGAAGUGUGUGACUGUGAGGGUGCCCAAUAAUGAUCUACUCCAGCAUGUCACACUUGUGGAUCUUCCUGGAAAUGGAGACCGUAACAAGAGCAGGGACAACAUGUGGAAAGAGAUAGUUGGAAGUUGUUCUACUGUGUGGAUUGUGACUGACAUUGGACGACCAGCAGCAGAGACAGAAGCCUGGAAGAUCCUGAACAAUGCCAGCAGCCUCAUGGGAAAUGGAGGCGAGUGUCAGCACAUUCACUUUAUCUGCUCCAGGUCAGAUGGGAAUCUGAAUAACCGUGAAGCCAUACUUAAAAGAAACAUGAAAGCCAAGAAAGUAGUGAGCGAACAAUUCAGCGAAGAAAAGACGAUCAAGAAACAAUUCAGUGAUGAAUGUUUGGAAAUUUUCACAGUGUCCUCCAACGAGUUUCUAGAGAAAAAACAUCUAAACCCAGAUGAAACUGAAAUACCCAAACUUAAGGAAUUUCUGCAAAAACUCAAUGACUGUCACUCAGAGACAGUAAACUAUGUUUCUGGAGCUCGUGGGAUUCUCUCUCUGAUUCAAGGUGCCAGCCGUAGAGACGGGGCUGGCAAAAACAUAGAUGUGUGCACAGACCUUGACAAAAAGAUGAAGGACGAACUUGAUAAAGUCAAAAAACCCAUGGAGGAGGCCUGCGAGGCUUUUGAAAAAUGCCUCAGUGAGGGGGUUGAAAGAUCAAAAAGUUCAUGUGAAAGUGACUUGAUGUCGGUCAUACGUCCUAGCGAUGUAGAAGGUGGAGCUUUUCACCAGACAUUGAAGUGUGUAGUUAAAAAAAGCGGCACCCACAAACCAAAAAAGGGGGAGCAAAUAAAUCUCAAUGGGAAGUUAGCUUCAUGCCUGACUGACAGCAUUGACGAAGAAUUCAAGAAGACCUUCCCAAAUGAAAGAAAGUGUGGACCAUUCAACAAUGUCAUCAAUAAGUUUUCACUUGACACAAAGAGUCUGAUUGAAAAGUACAAAGAUGUUGAAUUGCAGCUGAUAUUUCUCAAGACAGAGGAGGACAAAAUUAAGACAGAACUCAACAAAAUGAUCCGGGAGAGUAAGAAAAUGAUCUACAACGGUUUGACUGUGACAAUUGGGAAAAACAUGCAAGAAGGCUAUAGCAAAGCAGCAACAUUUACAGGAAAGGACUCGCUGGAAAAUAUGAGAGACACUCUUAAGAAGCGCGUACAUGAUACAAAGAACAUCAUGUUUGAGGAGGCUAAAGAUGAAUUGUUGAAACAGCUGAGAGAAUUGAUGGAAGAGAUCCUGGAGAAGCUGGAGAUAACAAUGCAGGAAUCAAUCAAGCUGUCACUCAAGACAGAUGGUGACUCAAUCCCAGAUGUUACACAGCAGCUUAAGGAGAUGAACGACUACUACAAUGAACUGAAGGCCCAGCAGCAGAGUCCAUGACGUGCACAGGUUUGCUCCGUGGAGAGAAACAGUCGAGACCAGAUUCCCCACUGAAGGUCCUGCAGACCCACUGAUUACUGACGUCAGGCCUCUGGAUUUAGUCUCAACCAUUUUUGUCAUCCCUGUCCUCCUUAAUUGUUGUUUUGAUAUGUACUUUGAGUUUGCUUAUGGUGAAUUACAUGGUGAGAGAUUUUAGAUUUUCUCUUUUUGAUUAUAGAUCAGAGGCGGACAGAAAAUGUUGAGAGAGAGAGAGAGAGAGAGAGAGAGAGAGAGAGAGAGAGAGAGAGAGAGAGAGAGAUAACAUGCAACAAAUGAUUUUAAACCAUUGACGUGGUUUUAAUGGUACACAUCUUAGCCACUAGGCCAAUAUGGUGUAUUUUUUUUUUUAAUGAUUUUAGUUUUUCUUCUCUUUGAAUAUAUUUUCAUGUUUUUCAUUUGAUUUUUUUGUUCUCUUUGAAUACAGUAUAUUUUAAUGUUUUUUUUCCCAUAAUUCUAUUUUAUUAGUAUUGGUCAAUUGGGAUGAGCAUGGUGAAAUUUUUAUGAUUUUAUGGGUGUGUAAUUUAAAUCGUAACCUUGAUUUCAGUACAUACUGUACGUUGGAUUUGAAAUAGGCUUCUUAAAGAAUGAUGAUGAUCUUUUUUCCUUAAUGUUCAAAGACUAUAGUAUUGCUUACUACAAAAUAAUGUUUUUUAUGUCUUCAUAUAUGAGAAAUAGAGAGAACUAGAUGAUAGUAAUAAACUUGCUGGCUUCUCGCGAUUUACUGUACUUUUUUUAAUCUACACUAUUUUUAUAUGCUUAAACAACUUUAUAUGGUAUACUGCCCAAUAAACCUCAAUAAAGUUCACUUAUGAGUCAAAGUGUCA